UAUAGUCUGUCGGGAUAUCCAACACCAACAGGUAGGAGGAUAUACUCUCGGUUAAGUUUGGGGGGAGGGGGCGCACAGUGUUGAUGAAACUGCAGGUUCACCGGGAAAGAGCCCUCCUUGAGUUUUGUUUUUUGUUUUUUGUUUUUGACAAUAAACUGCAUAAUGGAAGUACAUUCAGACAAUGCAUCUUCAGUAGGGCUUAUUGAGAGCUCCAUUUCUGGAAAGCGUUGCAAGACUGAGGAAUAUCAGACUGCGAAUCACCGGGAACAGUUCCCUUGCAGCACAGAAGCAAUCUCUCCCCAUCUUCGCAUAUUCUGAUGGCAAAUCAAAUGGAAGAAAAGAGGAAGCAUGACUGCAGAUCGGAUCAGUUCUCUUUGUGGAUUACAUUUUCAGUAAAAUGUAUGGAUAUAUCUUUUCCUUGUUCUUAUAUCUAGAUCAUGAGACUUGACUGAGGCUGUAUCUUUAUCCUCCAUCCAUCUAUGGCGAACUAUAGCCAUGCAGCUGACAACAUUUUGCAAAAUCUCUCUCCUCUAACAGCCUUUCUGAAACUGACUUCCUUGGGUUUCAUUAUAGGAGUCAGCGUGGUGGGCAACCUUCUGAUCUCCAUUUUGCUAGUGAAAGAUAAGACCUUGCAUAGAGCACCUUACUACUUCCUGUUGGAUCUUUGCUGUUCAGAUAUCCUCAGAUCUGCAAUUUGUUUCCCAUUUGUAUUCAACUCUGUCAAAAAUGGCUCUACCUGGACUUAUGGGACUCUGACUUGCAAAGUGAUUGCCUUUCUGGGGGUUUUGUCCUGUUUCCACACUGCUUUCAUGCUCUUCUGUAUCAGUGUCACCAGAUACUUAGCUAUUGCCCAUCACCGCUUCUAUACAAAGAGGCUGACCUUUUGGACGUGUCUGGCUGUGAUCUGCAUGGUGUGGACUCUGUCUGUGGCCAUGGCAUUCCCCCCAGUUUUGGAUGUGGGCACUUACUCAUUCAUUAGGGAAGAAGAUCAAUGUACCUUCCAACACCGCUCCUUCAGGGCUAAUGAUUCCUUAGGAUUUAUGCUGCUCCUUGCCCUCAUCCUCCUAGCUACACAGCUUGUCUACCUCAAGCUGAUAUUUUUUGUCCACGACCGAAGGAAAAUGAAGCCAGUCCAGUUUGUAGCAGCAGUCAGCCAGAACUGGACUUUUCAUGGCCCUGGAGCCAGUGGCCAGGCAGCUGCCAAUUGGCUAGCAGGAUUUGGAAGGGGUCCCACACCACCCACCUUGCUGGGCAUCAGGCAAAAUGCAAACACCACGAGCAGAAGAAGGCUAUUGGUCUUAGAUGAGUUCAAAAUGGAGAAAAGAAUCAGCAGAAUGUUCUAUAUAAUGACUUUUCUCUUCCUAACCUUGUGGGGCCCCUACCUGGUGGCCUGUUACUGGAGAGUUUUUGCAAGAGGGCCUGUAGUACCAGGGGGAUUUCUAACAGCCGCUGUCUGGAUGAGUUUUGCCCAAGCAGGAAUCAAUCCUUUUGUCUGCAUUUUCUCCAACAGGGAGCUGAGGCGCUGUUUCAGCACAACCCUUCUUUACUGCAGAAAAUCCAGGUUACCAAGGGAACCUUACUGUGUUAUAUGAAGGAGCAUCUGUAAAUCUUUAGCCUUGUGAAACACUAACCUUCUCUGCUAAGCAAUUGUGGCCUGUAGCCAUUUCUUGAGAAGAAAAUCAAGAAUGGGAUCAGCAGUUAUAAGGAUUUGGGCAACAUUCUGCAGUCUUUGCAAUAGUUCACCUAUAAUCCUAUUUUAAAUCUCAGAGUGAUCCUGCUGACUGCCGGUGAAGGUUUGUAAUUAAGAAAGGACUGAACCACUGCCCUAAGUUUCUUUAUGUGGUUGAAAACUAGAUAAUGAAAGUAGCAGGUGCUAAGUAUCAGUGCUAAACGCUGUGUAUAUCACUACUUAUGAAAAAAACAUCAAAAAAAACCAAUUAGCAUUGGACAUCUUAAUAAAUUAAGUUGACAUGAGGUAAAUGUGUUGAUAAAAACUAAUUUUAGAAGUUUGAAGACUUUAAAACAUUUCAUACUAUUAUUGUUUUGCAAGGACUAAAAUAUUUGGGGACUUAAAAGUACUGUAAUUCACUAAAGACAUGCCAUGAAUUAUUGGAUUACCACACUUUUAAAAAAUCGCCUUGUAAGUUUUGGGGAGCAUUCCAAAGCAGUAUAUUGGUUCCAAUUAGAGUUUACUUUUUUUGUAUUAAUACAUUACUGUUUCUAAAUACCACUUUCCUUACCUACUAGUGAAACUGCUAGCAUCGAACUGUAUUAUAUGGUUUUUGUUGAUUUGGUAUAAAGUUUUUCCAAUUCAUCUAUAUUUUACAAAUACUAGAUACUGGUCUGGGAGGCAACAUUAAUGGUACCAACCGGUCACAACUGAGCAGUUCUAAUAAUGCAGAAUAAACACAUGUUGCCUUAAAGGAUUAUCUAGUAUCUUUCAUCUUAUUUAGCAUUGGAGCAAAUUGGAGUCAUGGGAAAUUGAAUCAGUAACUGGUCAUGGUCAUGCAACUGGAAGUGCAUGGACGAUCAUUUAAUACUCUUUUUCCUUUUUCCUCACAUGGUUUGAAAAUUAAGGUGCACAUCACUGGGAUAAUGAGAUUUUCUUCUGAGUUGUGCUACCCAUUCUAGUGUGUUCUAAGAAGCAGGCAGUUGAUGUGUGUUUAUAUUUUAAGUCAGCUGUCAAGGGGAGACCACAGCCUUAGUAUGACAUCCUGCACAAUUUGUAAAGCCUUUAUUCUACCGAAGGCACAGUCUUGUUUAUACUUUCUGCACAUUCAGUGUAUUGGUCGUUUAAAUUAUUUCAGUUUUAACUUGUGAAAGCUUAUAAUAUGAUUUCUAGUAUUUCAGAAAUACAUUAGAGUCUGUGAGUCUCAUUC